UCCUCUAUACGUCGUACUUCGGGCUGUAGUGUGGCGCUGGCUUACGUACUUUGCGUACUGCUUAGUGUGCUAGUAUGCGGUUUUCCGCGUAAUCGGUAUGUGUCAGCCUGGAUGCUCCUGGUGAAGAAUUAUUAGCCAGAGGGCAUCAGGGACGGGGCAGGACAUAGACCUGGACAUCGUCGUGUCUUCCAAGACUGAGAAAAUAUCAGCAUAGUGUUUAAUUUGCUCAAGGUGUCCCUGUGACCCAGUCAGCAUGGCAGAAGCUCACCAGGCCGUGGCCUUUCAGUUCACUGUCUCCCCUGAUGGAAUCGACUUGCAGCUAAGCCAUGAAGCCCUGCGGCAGGUCUACCUGUCAGGCCUCCAUUCGUGGAAGAAGAAGUUCAUCCGCUUCAAGAAUGGCAUUAUGACUGGCGUGUACCCAGGCAGCGCUCCAGGACUGAUGCUGGUGCUUGCAGGGUACAUGGGAAGGGCAAAAUACGCUCAAGUGGAUCCCUCCUUAGGUCUUUUCCUCAAAAUUGGAAAAUACGCCCCAGUAAGUAAAUACAUGUCCCUGGACAACCAGCGCAGAGUCGGGGGCAUUAUGGUGGGCACAGGGUUGUGGGUGGUCAUCAUAUUUAGCAUGAGAAGCAUGCUGAAGUGGCUGCUGUCCUGGCAUGGCUGGAUGAGUGAGCGUCACAGCUCAUUAUCCUGGAAAUCACGCAUCUGGCUGCUACUCGUGAAGAUUUUCUCUGGCAUGCAGACACCAAAUCUGUAUAGCUUCCAGACGUCUCUGCCUAAUCUGCCCGUGCCCUCUGUGAAAGACACGAUGAAACGAUAUCUGGAGUCUGUGCGCCCUCUCCUGGACGACAAGGAGUACAAAAAGAUGGAGGAACUUGCUUUAGACUUUCAGAAGACCCUGGCUCCCAAACUCCAGUGGUACUUGAAGUUAAAGUCACUGUGGGCCACUAAUUAUGUCAGUGAUUGGUGGGAGGAGUACAUCUAUCUUAGAAGCCGUAACCCAAUUAUGGUAAACAGCAACUAUUACGCUAUGGACUUCCUGUAUGUUUUCCCCACGAAUUAUCAGGCAGCGAGGGCCGGUAACACCAUCCAUUCCAUCAUGCUGUACCGCAGGAUGCUGGACCGAGCUCAGAUUAAACCGCUCUUUGCGCUAGCAAACAGGGUACCGUUCUGUUCGGCCCAGUGGGAGCGGUUGUACAAUACCAGCCGUAUCCCAGGCCAGGAGAGGGAUUCCCUCCAGCAUGUGUCCGACAGCAGGCAUAUUGUGGUAUACCACAAAGGGCGCUAUUUCAAGGUGAGCAUGUUUUACGACGGACGUCUGCUCCUGCCACGAGAGAUCGAACAGCAGAUAGAGAGGAUCCUUGCAGACACCUCAGAACCCCAGCCUGGAGAGGAAAAACUGGCUGCCCUGACUGCAGGAGACAGGGUGCCUUGGGCAUGCGCCCGCGACGCCUACCUUAGACAGGGAAAGAACAGGCACAGCCUUGAUGCUAUUGAGAAGGCAGCAUUCUUCGUCACUCUGGACGACACCGAGCAGCAUCACGAUCCAAAAAAACCCUAUGAAUCCUUGCACAGUUUUGGUAAAUCCCUCCUGCAUGGCAAGUGCUAUGACAGGUGGUUUGACAAGUCUUUCAACCUGAUCGUCUACAAGAACGGAACAAUCGGCCUGAACGCGGAGCACAGCUGGGCUGAUGCUCCAAUCAUAGGCCAUCUUUGGGAGCAUGUGCUGUCGACUGAUGCUAUUAAACUGGGAUACACAGAAGACCGCCAUUGUAAAGGACAGCCUCACCGCAACCUCCCUGGACCUCAAAGACUACAGUGGAACAUCCCUCCUGAUUGCCAAACCAUGAUCGCCAACUCCCUGGCUGUGGCUCAGGCCUUGGCUGAUGAUGUGGACAUGGCCAUUAUUCCUUUCCAAGAGUUUGGUAAAGGACUGAUCAAGAAAUGCAAGACCAGCCCAGACGCCUUUAUUCAGAUCGCCUUGCAACUCGCUCACUUCAGGGAUAAAGGGAAGUUCUGCUUGACCUACGAGGCAUCCAUGACUCGUCUUUUCAGAGAGGGCCGGACGGAGACCGUGCGAUCGUGCACCAACGAGACCUGUGCCUUUGUCAAGGCCAUGGUCAACAAUGAUACGAGAGAGAAGAAAUUAAGUCUGCUGAAGCAGGCAGGAGAGAAGCACCAGCUGAUGUACCGAAUAGCAAUGACCGGGAAAGGCAUCGACCGCCAUCUUUUCUGUCUCUAUGUAAUCUCUCAAUAUUUACAACAGGACUCUCCCUUUCUUAAAAAGGUACUGUCUGAGCCGUGGAGGUUGUCUACCAGUCAGACGCCACUGCAGCAACCGGAGCUGUUUGAUUUGGUGAACCAUCCUGAGUUUGUUUCCAGCGGUGGUGGUUUCGGCCCGGUGGCCGAUGAUGGUUACGGAGUAGCAUAUAUUAUUGUGGGAGAGAACCUCAUUAACUUUCAUAUCUCCUGCAAGUGUUCCAGCCCUGAAACGGAUGCUCAACGCUUUGGCAACAACAUCAGACAGGCGAUGCUUGACAUGCUGGAACUGUUCCAUCUGGAACCACUGAAAUGAUGAGGCAAUGAGGCAUUUAUAGAAUUAAUUUUGUGUUCCUUUCUUUAUUAUUGUUCGAAUGGGUUUGACAUGCAAGUUCUAAUUUGAGGAAUUUCAGAUUUUA